AUGACACGAUCUGUAGACCAUGACAGACUUGCAACCCCCCGGGGGACAGCGAUCCAGGACAGCGAAAACCUUGCAGGGCCCACCAUGGCGGCUCUGGCCCCGGGGGGCAUGUCCCCGGAUUCAUGUCCCCGGACGGACAGACCAGACAUGUCGCGGCUUAGGCGACAUUCGUCUCGCCUUCCUAGCGUCCUAGAGUCCACCGAUGCGCCAAAUGUUUCUGAACUCAUGCACACUCAGAAAAGCUACCGCAAGUACGGCAGUCUCUUAAGGACAGGACACAUCCUGAUAACGAAAUCGAUCUAG